AUUUAUUUGAAUCCGAGAGGUGGUGUUUGGAACCGGGAGGAGUUGGGACCGCGGAGUGUAAGAGGGCCAGUUCAGCUGGUGAAUGUUACCUUGGAGAGCUGUUUCUCUCUGUUCCUCUUUAGGUCAAAGGGCUUUUUGAGAAAGUUAACCUAUAUAUUUUGUUGCCUGGAUUGCUGUCAUUUUUUAUUGGGUACUUGUAUGCUAGGUGCUCUGUACUAAAUGUGGGGAGUACAGAUAGGUGUGGUCCCUGUCUUUGGAGUAAAAAGGGAGGGACUGUUUGGCUGGUUAGUGACACCCUGAUACUUGUUUCUAUAUAGAACAUGUGCAGUAAUGUCAUCUCAAAAGAAAGUUAACUCUUGGGCACGAAAGAGGACUUCACAGGGUAGUAGUAGCUAUCAGACUAGACUCUCAGCCUCGAGAGUAAAAGAGGACCUAAAUGACUCAAAGAGCAUCUCAAAACAUGGACAGAACAAUACUGUGGAAGAUUAUGAAGGUGCUGAUGAUCAAGCAGAAGACGCUCUGCAGAUAGCAUUGAGAUACUUUGAGAAAGGUCCCAUUAAAACUUCACAGAGUAAAGAGAAACACUUGAAAACUGUGGAAAAUGUGGCGUGGAAGAAUGGGUUAGCUCCAGAAGGAAUCGACAUUCUAUUAAGUGUGGCACUCAGUGGCAAAUUUGGGAGUGCUGUAAACACGCGGAUAUUCAAGUGUAUGAUUCCAGUAACUCUAAUAUCAGAAGAUUCUGUGGUUAAGGCGGUCUCCUGGCUUUGUGCUGGCAAGUGUUCUGGUAGCACCAAGGUGCUUUUUUAUCGUUGGCUGGUUGCAAUGUUUGACUUCAUUGAUCACAAGGAGCAAAUUAACUUGCUCUAUGGCUUCUUUUUUGCUUCAUUGCAAGAUGAUGCACUGUGCCCUUAUGUCUGCCAUUUGUUAUAUUUACUUACCAAAAAAGAGAAUGUCAAACCAUUUCGUGUGAGAAAACUGCUUGAUCUUCAGGCCAAAAUGGGAAUGCAGCCUCAUCUCCAGGCUUUGUUGUCACUGUAUAAAUUCUUUGUUCCUACUUUGAUUUCUGUAUCUUUGCCUAUGAGAAAGAAGAUCUAUUUUAAGAAUUCAGAGAAUCUGUGGAAGACUGCUCUACUUGCUCUGAGGUCAAGGAAUCAAGGAUUUCCUUCAGAACCUCUAAAGUUGAUGUUAGCUAAUGUCCAUCCUAUAAAAAGAAAUUGGAAUUCUCACUCAAUUAUACCAGUGCUAAAUUCCUGUAACUACAGUAAAGAAAGUAGAAAAAAAAGGAUGAAUCUUUCUGAUUACUUCAGUAGCAAUGGAUCAUUUCCACUGGAACAGCUUAAAAGCUUCCCUCAACUCUUACAGAACAUUCAUUGCUUAGAGCUGCCUUCUCAGAUGGGCGCAGUGCUGAACAGCUCUCUGCUACUUCACUAUAUUAACUGUGUCAGAGAUGAGUCAGUCUUACUGAGGCUCUAUCACUGGUUGAGUCAAACAUUACAAGAAGAGUGUAUUUGGUACAAGGUGAAUAAUUAUGAUCAUGGAAAAGAAUUUGCCAACUUCCUGGACACUAUCCUCAGGGCAGAAUGCUUCUUACAAGAGGGGUUUUAUUCCUGUGAAGCAUUCCUGUAUAAGAGCCUUCCUCUCUGGGAUGGCCUCUGUUGUCGAUCACAGUUCCUUCAACUUGUGAGCUGGAUUCCUUUUAGUAGCUUCUCUGAGGUGAAGCCACUUCUUUUUGACCAUCUUUCACGGCUUUUCUUUACAUCAUCUAUUUUUUUCAAGUGUAGUGUUCUUCAGUGUCUGAAAGAACUACUGCAAAAUUGGCUGCUGUGGCUUUCUAUGGACAUCCACGUGAAAUCUGUGAGGAACAGUCCUCUAGAGACAACUUUAGGUGGAUCCAUGAACUCUGUGUCCGAACUGAUUCACUACGUAGGAUGGCUGUCCACUACUGCAGUGCGCUUGGAAAGCAACCAUACUUUCUUGCUGCACUUUAUUUUGGAUUUCUAUGAGAAGGUGUGUGACAUAUAUAUAAAUUAUAACCUUCCAUUAGUGGUGGUGUUUCCUCCUGGGGUCUUCUAUCCUGCACUCCUCAGCCUGGAUUCCAGUAUCCUGAAUCAACUCUGUUACAUUAUGGACAGGUAUCAUAAAAAUUUGACUGCUGCAAAGAAAAAUGAGCUUGUACACAAGACAAAAUCAGAGUUCAGCUUCAGCAGCAAGACCUAUCAAGAAUUUAAUCAGUAUUUGACAGCCAUGGUUGGUUGUCUGUGGACAUCCAGACCCUUCCAGAAAGGAUUAUCUAUUGACCCUGAAAUCUUAGGAAAUGCUUCAGUAGCAGAGUAUAAAAAAAGUUUAAAUUUAGUCCAUCAUCCUGCUUUUUUGAGUUAUACUGUUUCAUUUCUGCUACAGGAAUGCCCAGAAGAAAGGAAAGUAAACAUGAGCUCUAUACGGGGGAAGAAAUGGAACUGGUAUUUGGACUAUUUAUUUUCAGAGGGGUUACACGGCUUGAAACACUUCAUAAGAAGUAGUAUUCAUCAUUCUUCUGUCCCCUGAGCAGAGAGCAUAAACCACCUGAUCAGCAUUCUUUUUUUUUUUUAUGUUUCAUGUCACGGAUGUUUUAGCAUGAUAUUUUUAAAAGGUUGCUGUUAGCAAUCAUAUAAUGGAACAGACAUGGGGUUGGGGUCAAGCCAACCUAGGUUUGAAUCUCAUAUCUGCCACUCACUAGUUUUGGGACUGUGUUCUGAGUUUUUUUGUUGUGCCUUAAAAUAUUAGCAAUCAUUUAUUAUUAAUAUUUCUAUUUCUAGGAGGCAGGAAUUAGGGGAGAGCUUCAACUGGGUGGUUCUGCCUCAGGGUCUCUCCCAAACUUGUAGUCAGGUGGAUGGGGGGCUAGAACUCUGGAGGCUGGCUGAGUUAAUCUCCCCCUCUUCUUAGAGUCUCAAGGCUUCUUCAUGUGGUCUUUCCAUGUGGCUCACUUGGGCUUCCUUACAGCAUGGCGGCCUCAGGACAACUGGAUGCUUCUGUGGUGGCUUGGGGCUCCAGGCAGGCAGAUGUCUUAGGGACAAAAAACAUCACCUUUUCUGAUGCAGCUUUGGAGGUCAUGCACUCUUAGUUCCUUCAUACUCUCUUGGUCACAAGCAAAUCACACACUUCCCCAAGUUCAAGGGGAGGGGUAUUAGACUCCACUUCAUGAUGGGAAAUGGCAGAGUUCUUGAGUAGAGUUGGCAAAUUAUGACCCUUGGAUGAAAUCAGGCUCCUGGGCAUUUAUGUCUUGUAAAUGGCUUUGCCAUUAUGUGAAAGCUGAGUGUUUGGGAUAGGUACUGUGUGGUCUGCAAAGCCAAAAAUAUUUACUGUACAACUCUUUAUAGAAAAGUUUCCUGACCCCUAUUCUAGAAGACCAUGUUGGAUGAGUGAUACUGUUUUAGCCACCUUUGUAAUAUGCCAUUGGCUUCAGGCAGGUUGCAAGCCUCUGAAUUUUACUGGGUCUCCAAACCUGGCACCGGAUUAGAUAACUGAGACAUCUGGUUGCUGUGCAGAUGGCAUCAUUGGACCACGUGUGUACAAGUAUAGCUUCAGAGUUUCUCAGGCCUUUUGCACAGGAGCAGAGGUACACCCGGCUUACUAGCUGCUCAUUCUUUGCUGUGGCUGCCAUCAGCUUUUGUAAAACUGAAAACAGGGUAAAUAUAGACUUUGACUUUUCAUGUAGCAAAACUGUUUGCAGGAGUUAAGUGCUUUACAAAGUUGGCAACCACUUUUAGAAUCCCCAACUGCUAGUUCAGGAGGAGAGUGGGCAUUGCUUAUGCACUUCUUGUAAAAAUGAAAAUCCAUUAACUUUUAUGAUUCAUGUACGCUCUCUGACAGCAUUGGGUCAAAGGGGCUUUUUUUCCUUCCUCCACCUGAUCAACAUUAAAUGAAUGUUGACAGAAGCAAACUGAGCAUAUGGGACUAAACUUCAUUGUUGCUGAAGAGAUCAAGAGGCUCAACUUGAGUUUCCAUACUCAUUUCACCAACAGACUGCUACCUUCAGGGAGUGCUCAGACUGGCUUUCUACCCAUGGCUCAGGAGAGCCUCAGUGUGGCUGACUUUAUUUUCAGGAUCUAGGUUCUUUAGCCCACCAGUGAAAAAUGACUUCAUCAUCAGUCUCUGCCUUCCACCAAAUUAUGCAUAAAGAGAUAUAUCCAUUAUGUGGUGGGAUUUUUCACAUUUUUGUGAACUAUGAUUUGCAUUUUUAUGGAAAAGAGCAGAUGAUAAUAUACAGUGGCAUUUAAGCCAGACAUAUUUAUGCAAAAUACUCAGCUGCCUCUGAAACCUCUGUGAAUGUUGCCCUUUUACUGAUUUUGGACAACCAUACCAACACCAAGUUAACAGGAUAUAUGUCUAACUCUAAAAGCUGGCUUUAGGUAGUUGGUAGAUUCUUGGGCCUUCACUGGUAGUAGCAAUUUGAUGAGAGAAGGAAAGGGAAAGAACUGUGGGAUAAUCCACAUUCCUGGAGCUUUACCAGUUUGAUUUCACGAGACUGCUCUAUUUUGUGCAUGUGCAUGUAUGCGUAUGUAUAUAUCUCAUUUUUAAAUGUUUAGGUUCCAAUGAAUUAACUGUAACUUAUUUUCAGGAAUAAUUCUGAAGCGUUUUAAAAUUUUUAUAAUAGCUAUAAUAUCUUGCUGAAAAUUUACCACAGAAUUUUGCUUCAGUGCUACAGAAAAAUUCUCCGCCUUUUAAUAAAAUUUGUAUCAUUUGAGAGAAA